AUGUCUGGUCCGGAAGACAAGAAACCUGACGAGCAUCCCGUCAUCGAGACCGUCGCGGAGCCCGUCGCGAAGGUUGUCGCAGCGGGGGAACCCUCCUCUCCCGUCCAGGAAGACCGGCUCGAGAUUGCGCGCCGUUUCCUAGAGGAUGAAACGGUCAAGAGCUCGCCGAGGGAGAAGCAGAUCGAGUUCCUAAAGUCAAAGGACCUAUCUGACGAAGAGAUAGAGUCCCUUCUCGGCCCCAGCCCAACUCCAGAGACUUCCUCCUCCUCAACCUCAGAUCCCCUCCCCACCCCCGAACCCGAACCCUUCCACGACGCCGAACCCACACCACACGCCCCCAUAAUAACCUACCCCGAAUUCCUCGCCAAACCCACCGGCCCCGAACCCCUCCUCACCCCCUCCCUCGUCCUCUCCUCCACCUACGCCCUAACGAGCCUCGCCACCCUCCUCUACGGCACCAAGAAAUACCUCGUCGAGCCCAUACUCUCCCAGCUCACAGCCGCCCGCCUCGACCUACACUCCGAGACCUCGAAGAACCUCUCCACCCUCAUCGCCAAGCUCGAAAACACCGUUUCCGAGAUCCCCCCUUCUGCGUCUUCUUCCUCCGCUAACGCCGCGGCGAAUAACGAUGCCGACAGCGAAUGCGAGGAUCCGUCGGAGCUGUUCCACCGCGACAUGGGCACGCAGACCUCGGGUCGUUCAUCGCCCGUGAUCCCUCCCCCGGCGUCGGCGCUCGUGACGGAACCCGCUGCUCAGACCCAGGCGAGGAAGCUUGCCAACUUGGCGAGGAACUUGGGGUACUUGAAGGAGGGCAUCGAUAGCCAAGUCGACGAUAUGCAGGAUAUUUUGGCCGUCGUGGAUACCUUUAGGGAUGAGCUGCGCCAGACUUCCGUGUCGAGGUCUUAUGCUCACCUGGGCUGGAAUCAGCCUGAGCCUGAUGAUGAGAUAAAGAAGGCGAAGGAUAAUAUACGGCGGCUGAAGGGCGUGUUUUUGAGUACGAGGAAUUUUCCUGUCUCAACAAAGUAG